CUAGCUAACUGUAACUGCUGGCGCAGCCGGUCCAGAAGUCCUGGCAGUAGCUGGGGAUACUCUUCUGAUCCCAGUGGCAGUGACCGUGUUGACGCGAUCGAUUUCCAGACAAAUGGUGACGUCAUUUUGUCAGGGUACCGUCUGUGGGGAGUCAAGAUCGGUUCAACUACUUUCCGGGUCACGAUUCGUUUGUGCCGUGGAAGCAACUUGAUCGCAGAAAAGACUGGGUCCUAUGCUACCAGUUCCAGUGUCAAGACAUUUGAGGUGCAUUUUUCCCAAGUGAUUUCGAUCGGCGCUGGUGUCACAUACACUGCAACAGCUAGAAUAGUUACAAGUAGAAACUCCUUUUAUCUCACGGAUGGGCUGGCAAGAACCUCGUGUUCUGGUGUCACAGUAAACUUCAAGUCCUCCCCAAAAGACUCAAACGGUUCUAGCCAGUCGUCAGGUCAAAUACCAGUUUUAAUUUUCCGUUCCUCUCAAUGCGAAAAAGCGGAAUAG